UUGAAUUUAUUAUCGAAUGAAUCAAAUAAAAUUGCCAGCCUUUAUUUAGGAACUCACCUUAAACCUAGAGUAGCUUUUAAAAAAGCAUCUGCUAACAGACAAAAAAUAUAAAGAUUAAUCAAUUCAAGUUCCAGAAUUAGAAGAAUAUGAUGAGCCUUUAAAAUAAAUUAAAAAUAACAGGUAAGAUCUUGGGAAUUAAAUAUAUAGCACUAAAAUUAAAAUUAAUGUUAAUGUUAACAAUAAGGGGAAUAAAAAUUAUUGGGAAAAAAAUUAAAUUGAAUAAUCAUUUUAAUAAGAAUAGAGUAUAUAGGAGAAAUAAUUUAAUGAAGUAAGUUUUGUUGAACAAAUUUAGAAAUAAGUUCAAUAAUAAUAGUAAGAUUAGAAUUAAGAGGGUUAUAAUGAAGAAUAAUUAAAUAAAAAUUCUGAUGAAUAAUAAUAAUAAUAAUAAUAAUAAUAAUAAUAAUAAUAAUAAUAAUAAUAAUAAUAAUAAUAAUAAUAAUAAUAAUAAUAAGUCUAAAAAAAACAAUAUAGAUCACAUAAAUUAUCUUUGUCUGAAUCAGAAUCAUCAAAUAAUAUUGUAGAAUAUACACAAGAUACAUAAAGAAAAGCCAUCAAGAUAUUGUUAGAAGAAUAAAAAUCCUAAAAGAAAAUUUUGGACAUUUUAGUGCGAAAAUUGAAAAAGAAAAAUAUAAAAAUUGAGUAAAAUUUAAAUAAUUAAGAACAGAAAAACACUCAGUCAUAAAAAAAAUGUAAAAAAAAAAGUUUGAAAUUGAAAUCCUUAAUUAUAAAUGCACUAACUCCUGAAGAAAGAAAUCAGUUUUAAUAUUAUAUUGAGAAAAGUAAGUAAAUUAGAAUUUCUGUUUUUGGAGAGUAAUAACAAGAAUUCAUUCAGUGUAAAUUAUGCUCCUGUAAAUACAAAAGGUCACAACAUUUAGUGAGCCACUGGAAAAAGAAGCAUUAAAAUGAUUACGAUAAAAUCAUUAAUCCCAAAAAUUCUUGAAAGCAUGAAAAUUACAUUUGAAUAAUUAUAUAUAUAUGUGCAAC